AUGCGGCGCGCCAGACGACCGAGGCUUGCGAGCGGGAUGAACGACGAGACGAAGGUGGGGGAAGCCUCAACCGAGGCCGCGCCCGAGAGCGCCACGCCACCCACCGAGGCAGCCGCCGCGACCGCGACGGUGGAUCGGCCUGAGCAGGCUCCUCCGGUAGAAGCGGAGCCCGUGGCAGAAGCGGCUCCGGCGACGGAGUCGGCGGCGCCGGCCGAAGCAGACGCUUCGGUUGAGGGCACGCCGACCGCCGAGGCUGAUCGCCCUAGCGAGCGGAUCCUCAUCGGCACGCAGCGCGACGAAGGCGAGGCCGCCGCUCCGGCCGAGGAGCUGAAGCCCAAGCCGGUUAACCCGGUCACCGAAGGCGAAGCUCAGCCGACCGCACAGAAGAGCUACCCGCCGCCCAAUGCGCGCACAGCGCCGACCGAAGAAGAAGAAGCCGAGCUCAACGCGUUGAUGUCAGGCUCUUCGGUGGCGGAAGUGCUCGACUCCGGCACCGCCGAAGCGCCCAAAGAGCUAGAAGCGGGCUCGAAGCUCAAGGGCAAAGUGCUCCGCGUGGUCGGCGACUCGGUGUUCGUUGAGCUCGGCGUGCACCUGGAAGGCGUCGUCCCGCUCAAGCAGUUCGAGCCGAAGAAAGAGGCGGCCGAAGUCGCGGCUCCGGCGACCGAGGGCGAAGCCGCCCCCGCAGCGACAACCGAAGCGAAGCCCGCCGAAACGCCGGUCGCCGAAGCCGAGACGCCCGCGUCGCACGCGCCGGCCGAAGGCUCGGAGAUCGAGGUGCUCGUCGUCGGCCUCAACGCCGAGGAGAGUACGUACGACCUGACGCUGCCGACCGGCGCCCAAGAGAUCGGCGACUGGGACGAGGUCGAAGUCGGCAAGGUCGUCGAGGUGACGAUCACCGGCAAGAACAAGGGCGGCCUCGAGUGCAAGGUCAGCGGCAUCCGCGGCUUCAUGCCGAUGGGGCAGAUCUCGAUCUACCGCGUCGAGAACGCCGAGGAGUACGUCGGCCAGCGGCUGACCGCCGUCAUCACCGAGGCGAAUCGGUCGCGCAAGAACGUGAUCCUCAGCCACCGCGCCGUGAUGGAGCGGGAACGGGCCGCCAAGCGUGAGCAGUUGCUCGCCGAGCUGAAGCCGGGGCAGCUUCGCGACGGCAUCGUCCGGUCGCUGCGUGACUUCGGCGCGUUCGUCGACCUCGGCGGCGUCGACGGCAUGGUCCACGUCUCGAAGCUGAGCUGGGACCGCAUCGGCCACCCGAAGGAGGUCCUCACCGAGGGCCAGCAGAUCAAGGUCAAGAUCGAGAAGAUCGACCCUGAGUCGGGCAAGAUCGCGUUGUCCUACCGCGAGGCGGCCGCCAACCCGUGGGACUCCGCCGAGACCGACUACCCGGUCGGCUCGACCGCCAAGGGCAAGGUCUCGAAGAUCAUGGACUUCGGCGCGUUCGUCCGCCUCGGGCCGGGCGUCGAGGGGCUGAUCCACAUCUCGGAGCUCGACCACAAGCGGGUCCACCGCACGGGGGACAUCGUCAGCGAGGGCCAGGAGGUCGAAGCCAAGGUCCUCUCGGUCGACCGCGGCAAGCAGCGGAUCGCCCUCUCGCUCAAGGCGCUCAUGGCGCCGCCGCCCAAGCCCGAGAAGCCCGCCCGUGAGGAAGCUCCCGAGGAGCCGAAGCGCGAGCGCAAGAAGUUCAAGAACCUCAAGGGCGGCAUCGGCGGCCCCAGCGGCGGCGACCAGAUCGCCGUCUACUGUGGGUCUCAAUCGGGCGCCGGCGAUGAGUACCUCGAAGCCGCCAAGCGGCUCGGGGCGCACCUCGCUGAGGCGGGCAUCGGCCUCGUGUACGGCGGCGGUUGCGUCGGACUGAUGGGCGUCGUCGCCGACGCGGUGCUGGCCGGCGGCGGCGAGGCGAUCGGCGUCAUCCCGCACGACCUGGUCGAGAAAGAGGUCGCCCACGACGGGCUGACCGAGCGGCACGUCGUGCCCGACAUGCACACCCGCAAGGCGAUGAUGGCCGACCUGGCCGACGCCUUCGUCGCCCUGCCGGGCGGCGUCGGCACGCUCGAGGAGCUGUUCGAGGUCUGGACCUGGGCGAAGCUCGGCUACCACGCCAAACCGGUGGGCCUCUACAACGUCGCCGGCUUCUACGACCGGCUGCUGGCGUUCCUCGACGAGAUGGUCGCCGCCGGCUUCAUGUCGGCCGAGCACCGCCGGAUCGCCGUCGUGGCCGACGAGCCCACGGAGCUCGUGCAGGCGUUGGCCGCCUACGACGACGGCGCUCGCCGAGCGUUGAGGUGUUGUGGGCGGGACGAAACGCCCGCUUCGCCAGCACGAACACCACCCGCUCGGACCGAACCGGAUACCCACCAUGCCCCGCUCGCUCGCCGUCGCCCUCGUUGCUUUCGCCGCCACGCUUACUGGCCAAGCCGCCCUCGCUUGUGGCAGCGGUGGGUACGGCGGCUACGGCGGGGGAUACUCCGUCGUCCAUCGCCCGGCUUACAGCGCUCCGGUCUACAGCGCUCGCGUCUAUCACGCCCCGGUGUAUCGGGCGACCGUGUCGCACGCCGGGUGGGGCUACCAGGCGCCGCACUGGAAGACCACCAAGCCGGCGGUCCCAGCCCCGGCGCCGACCACAGCUCCGAGCCCGACGCCGGUGCUCGAGACGCCCGCUCCGACGGCGGCGACCACCGCGGCGCCGGCGCCCACGACCUGAACAGCGUGCUGGCAAUCGAAUUCACAUCAGAUGGGGGGACACCCGCCAGUCACGCGCCCCGGUGCGGCUCAGCCGCGCCGGGGUGUUUUUGUUUGCAGGGCGGCGGGAUUUCCUCCCAGAUCGGUUCAAGCGACUUUGCCGGUUGUGCCGAUGGUGACGACAGCGGGCUGUCUGUCCGCUUGCUAGCAGGGGGGCUGCUGGCUCAACCACGCGUCGAUGCCGUUCGGCCCCCGACUCUCGUGACGCACCAGCCGGUAGUGCACAACCCGUUCCCGCAGCUCAGCCGCGUCGCGGUCGUGCCGUUCUUCAACCAGAGCGGCGAGCCGACGGUCGACGGGCGGUUGUUCGCCGAAGCCUACUUCGCGGAGCUGCAAGGCACGCCCGGCUUCGAGGUCGUGCCGGUCGCCGCCGUCGAGGCCGCGAUCAUCCAGAACGGCGUCACCUUCGACCCGCCCUCGAGCGCGCCGGAUCAGAUCCGUUUGCUGGCGCAACGGCUUGGCGUCGACGCGGUGAUCGUCGGCACGGUGACCGACUUCUCGCCGUACUACCCGCCGCGUUGCGGCGUGCGGGUCGAGUGGUACGCGGCGAACGCCGGGUUCCACGAGAUCCCCGCCGGCUACGGCUUGCCGUGGGGCACGCCGGAAGAGGAGUACAUCCCGGACAGCCUCGUGUUCGAGGCGGAGAUGGCGUUGGCGCGCGAGCAGCUUGCGACGCAAUCGCCCCUCGUCGACGAGACGGCCGUGUUGACGCCGAUGCGCGAACAGCCAGCGCUCGAGGGCACGCCGGACACGGACGAGUCGUGGCGCCAGCGUGAGGUCGAGUCGUUGCCGCCGCCGCCCGAACCGGGGGCGCUGCAAGCAACCGACUUCGCCGCGCCGAUCGACGAGACCGACCCGUUAACCGCUCCGGCCGUCACGGGCGGAGGGAUCGUCGCAACCGACAUGUUGCCGCCCGACUGGCCCGACGCGCGGGGUUUCACGCCCCCCGGCCCUUCGCCGACCCGCCCUCGCGCGCAGCGCAACCCGGGUCCGGUUAUGACGCACACGCGGGUCUACCGGGGCACGGACCCCGAUUUCACGGCGGCGCUUGCGGCCUAUGUCGGUUUUCGGGACGACGCACGCUUCGGCGGCUGGCAGUCGUACCUGUCGCGCAGCGAGGACUUCGUCCGCUUCUGCUGUCACUUGCACCUCGUGGAAACGCUCUCUGCUCGCGGCGGAGGCGGUGAAACGCGAGUGGUGCGUCGUUGGUCCGGCGACCCAGCCGUGAACGACGACGUCAAUGUCCUCGCCCUUGUCAAAGGCGAAGAACGCUACCUGUUCCUGUACCAAGACGACCAGCAAGCCCAGGCGCUUCGGGCGCUCGGCCGUCACGCGUCCGACCCGAACCUGAGCUUCACGUGGUACGACGCCGCGGUGCUCAGCAAGCGCAUCCGCAACGAGGCGAAGAAGCACGAGCUGCUCGCCCCGCGGUUGUCCGGGAACGCCGCCCUGCCCAAGGGCGAGGCGUACCGCGAAGACCUCUCGGCGCUGGCCGAGUACCUGGCCGACGAGGGCGGCAAGUCGCCCGACCCCGCGGCCGUGACCGUCGGCGACCUUCGCGGCUUUCUCGCCGCCCUCGGCGAAGCGGGCUACGCGAAGACGUCGGUCGCUCGGCGGAUGUCGGCCGUGCGGUCCUUCUUCAAGUUCGCCCAGCGCGAAGGCUGGGUCCGGUCGAGCCCCGCCGAGGCGCUCCGCAACCCGCGCAAGGCGCGGAAGCUGCCGCACUUCCUUACGGACGCGGAGGUGGCGACGCUGCUGUCGGCGCCGCCGGCGGACACGGACCUCGGCCUCCGCGACCGCGCGAUCCUCGAGACGCUCUACUCGGCCGGCCUGCGAGUGAGCGAGUUGGUGGGCGCCAACGACGGCGACCUCGACCUGGAGCAAGGCCUGCUCCGCGUCCGCGGCAAGGGGCGCAAGGAGCGGCUCGCGCCGAUCGGGGCCUACGCGAGCGACGCGCUCGCGGCUUGGCUCGCCAAGCGGCGGCUCGCGGGCGGCGAGGCGCCCGACGACGACUCACCGCUGUUCACCAAUCGCUUCGGCCGUCGCCUGACAACCCGCAGCGUCGCCCGGAUGCUCGAGAAGCACCUGACGGCGGCUGGCCUCGACGGUCGCACGAGCUGCUUGGGCACUCGAGCCUGGUGA